CCCCCUCUAUGUCAGACCUUUGCGAUCAGUAUUGAGAACAUCACGAGUCAGUGGGUUAGUGUAGAGUUGGUUGCUGUGAUGCUUUUUACUAAUAGUUCAAGAUUUGCAGCGGUGUGAAGGAACUCUGGGCCACCAUGGGAAAAUCGCCAUCAAAGUGCGGCAGUGGAAAGGAGCCUGUUAAAACAACUUUGUUUAAAAAGGAGCCAUCUGGGAUAACGUACAGAAUUCCUGCCCUCAUUUACCUUAGACACAGUCACAUGUUGCUUGCCUUUGCAGAGAAGAGGAACACGCCUUGUGACAGUGAUGCUAAAGUUCUUGUAAUGAGAAGAGGAACAUUUCAAGAGAAUGGAUCUAUUCAGUGGUCGUCUUGUCAGGAGCUGUCAACAGCAUCCCUACCAGAUCACCGCACCAUGAACCCUUGCCCUGUAUUUGAAAAAAACAGCAAAACCCUCUUCCUGUUCUUCAUCUGCGUCCUGCGGAACACCCCUGAGCAUCGCCAGAUCAUCACAGGCCGGAAUAAGGCCCGUUUGUGCUAUGUUACCAGCAGUAAUGAUGGUCAAACAUGGAGCCAAGUAACGGACUUGACAGAGAAUGUGAUUGGCACAACUGUCCACAAGUGGGCUACAUUUGCUGUUGGGCCUGGCCAUGGCAUUCAACUGGAGGGGGGACGAUUGGUUAUCCCAGCCUAUGCCUACUAUAUCCCCAUCAAAUUCUUCUCCUUCCCAAUCCCAUUUACAGUACACCCACGUGCAUUCUCUGUGUACAGUGAUGACUUUGGUCAGACAUGGAAAAUAGGAAAGAUGCUUCAGGUAAAGUCAUGUGAAUGUGAAAUGGCAGAGAUCAUAGAUCACGAGGGCAGGAGCCGUCUUUACUGCAAUGCUCGUAAUACGAGGGGGUAUCGAUUGGAGGCCCUCAGUGAAAAUAGUGGUAUUUAUUUUGACAAACCCCGCAUGGCUCCAGAGCUCGUUGAACCACACUGUGGAUGUCAGGGAAGUGUGAUAGGUUUUCCUGCUCCUGAGUUUGUACCAGAUGACAAUGCUGAAAACCAAGGCAGCGGCACAUCAUUUCUGUCUCCUGACACACAGACCUGGCUGCUCUUCACACAUCCAACUAACAGGUCUAGUAGAAGGGACCUGGGAGUAUAUUUGAACCGCUCCCCACUGCACUCAUCAGGAUGGGAUCCACCCAAGAUUAUCCACUGUGGACCCAGUGGCUACUCAGACCUGGCUUACAAUGAGGACAACGAGCAGUUUUCAUGCCUGAUGGAGUGUGGCAAAGAGAGUGAGCUUGAACAAAUUGCAUUUGUGUCCUUUACCCUUGGUGAAGUCUUGGAUACAGUCAGUAAGAAAGAAAAGAAAGUACUUUGAUAUGUUGGAUGUUGUUUUUCCCCAAAUCUAGCAGUUAUUACUUUGCACUGCACUGGAAUACACUCACUGAUGUUAGACAGUUAUAAACGUACGUCUAACUUUUUUUUUCAAAUGGUCUAGGCUAGGAUUUAUUACAAAAUGGGUAGUUUCCCAUUUUUUCCAUUUCUACUGGACAGUUGAGAGGAUUUGCUGGAUGUAGCAAAGCAUUGCUGAAUUUUUCAAAUACUUUCCAUUGGUUGUUUGAUUCACGUUCCUUGGUAAAGCAGCAAGGAUGCUACUUACAUUUUUUUUCCUUAGCAUAGAAAAUUUGCCUACCUCUCGUUUUCACUUCAAACUCAGACUAUCGC